GUCAGCGGCUGUUGAGCCGCGGUCUCGCAGCUUCAGAGUGGCGGACCGGCUUGUGGAAGGGAAGGCGUGUGAAGUCCUAGCGUCGUCACACGUUGAGUAAACGUUGCUGGUGUGUGAUUUUCCUCCCCUCUCCUUGGUGAACUUCCAGCUGGGUAAAGAGCUCCCCGCCUCUCAGCCAACAUGGGUUAGACACGCCGCGACCCGCGAAGCGUCCACUUUGUGCACUUGAAGCGAGGAUGGGGGGAACCGGACUGGCUUUCGCACAGACAUCCUGACAAAAGACGGCCACCGCGACAGAACACGCAUUUGGGAUUUUGCAGUCUUUGAUUCCUCCUUGAAGUUAUAUUGUUGGACCCACGUCACGUCACGCGUUUGUGCCAGACGAGAAGAGAUGUUUACAGAAUUGCUGUGCAGCGCCGUGGCUCUGGUCCUGUAUGUCAACACACUGGGAGCAGAUUUCUGCUACGAUGACAGCCGCGCAAUCAAGACCAAUCAGGACCUGCUUUCAGAAACACCCUGGACAAAUAUUUUCUAUGAUGACUUCUGGGGCACCUUGCUCACACACAGUGGCAGCCACAAGUCUUACCGGCCCCUCUGCACCCUCUCCUUCCGCCUCAAUCAUGCUGCUGGUGGGCUGGAUCCCUGGGGGUACCACCUGGUGAAUGUGGCCCUCCACGGGGCGGUGACUGGCCUUUUUACACGGCUGGCUCACCUGCUGCUUGGAGGAGGCUUAUGGAGCCUUGUAGCCGGCCUGCUCUUCGCCUCCCACCCCAUCCACACCGAGGCGGUGGCGGGUGUCGUGGGCCGAGCCGAUGAAGGAGCUGCCUUGUUCUUCUUGCUGUCCCUGCUAUGUUACAUUCGUUACGGUAAGCUGCAGGGCAAAGCUGGACCACUGCGGCUUGUGCCUUGGUUCCUUGGCAGUCUGGGCUGUGCUGCAUGCAGCAUGCUGUGGAAGGAGCUAGGAGUGACUGUGCUGGCCUUAUCGGCGCUCUAUGACAUCUGCGUCUUGCACAGGCUCAAACUGCGACAGAUUGUCAUACUUCUGUAUAAGAGAAAUAACGUCCAUCUGCUGCUAAAUGUAUUUCUGCUGGCUGCCUGGGGCGUGAUCUUGUUGGCCUGCCGCUUAUACUGGAUGGGUAACAAGCCCCCAAACUUUUCCAACUCCGACAACCCAGCAGCUGACUCCCCCUGCCUCCUCACCAGGACAUUGACCUUUUUCUACCUGCCCGCGGUCAACUUUUGGCUUCUACUCUGCCCCAUCACACUCAGCUUUGAUUGGUCGAUGGACACCUUACCUUUGAUCAGGAGCCUCGCUGAUUGGAGGAACGCUCAUACGCUCCUCUUCUAUUUGGGAUUUAUGCUGCUGGCUUGGUUCAGUGUGUGGAAACGACCAAGAACCAAGGGCACGGACAGUAAUGGUAAAGCUCACUUGUUUUCCAAUGGAAAGAAUGGGAACAGCAAUGGGCACAGUUACCAGAAUCAUGAACACGAGCAUGUGAACAACUCUUGCAUGACCACUCACAUCAAUAGUGCCCAGAAUGGGAACAAAAAGGCACAUGAGAGCAGGACCUCACUGCCCACCACGGAAAAUGUUGUGGCGUUCUCCCUCGGCCUGUUAGCAAUCCCAUUCCUCCCUGCCACAAACCUCUUUUUCUACGUAGGCUUUGUGAUAGCAGAAAGAUUACUUUACAUCCCCAGCAUGGGAUUUUGCCUGCUGGUCGCCGUUGGGUUGAGGUCUCUAUACGUCCGGCUGAGAAAGAGGUCCUCUAGGACCUUCUUGGUUUACUGUAGUGCGACCGUGAUUUUGCUUUUUGGAGUUAAGACUGUUUUGAGGAAUCGAGACUGGGAGAAUGAAGAGAUGCUCUACAAGUCAGGGAUUUCAGUCAAUCCUGCGAAAGCCUGGGGCAACCUGGGAAACGUCCUGAAGAGCCAGGGCAAGAUGGAGGAGGCUGAGCAAGCAUACAGAAAUGCGCUCUAUUACCGCAGCAACAUGGCCGACAUGCUGUAUAACCUUGGUUUGCUGCUUCAGGAGAGCAACAAGUUCUCAGAGGCACUUCACUACUAUAAGCUGGCCAUCGGGAGCCGGCCCACUCUGGCCUCCGCCUACUUGAAUACCGGCAUCAUCCUAAUGAAUCAGGGUCGCCUGGAGGAUUCCAAGCAUAUUUUUCUAACCUGCGCCGACAUCCCGGACGAGAACCUGAAGGACCCUCACGCCCACAAGAGCUCGGUCACCAGCUGCCUGUACAACUUGGGGAAGCAGCUCCAUGAGCAGGGACAACAAGAGGAGGCCCUCUCCAUCUUUAAACAAGCAAUACAGAAAAUGCCAAGGCAAUUUGCUCCACAGAGCCUCUACAACAUGAUGGGAGAGGCCUAUAUGAGACUAAACAAACUGGCUGAAGCUGAACACUGGUACCGAGAGUCCCUGCGAGCCAAGCCGGACCACAUUCCUGCACAUCUCACCUACGGAAAACUGCUGGCUACGACAGGGCAGAAAUUAGAAGCGGAGAGGUACUUCUUGAAGGCCAUCCAACUGGAUCCCACAAAGGGCAACUGUUACAUGCAUUAUGGUCAGUUUUUGUUGGAAGAGUCACGGCUGCUGGAAGCGGCAGAGAUGGCACAGAAGGCGGCGCAGCUCGAAGGCGGGGAGUUUGAUGUGGUCUUCAGUGCUGCUCACAUGCUCAGACAAGCCAGCCUGAACGUAGCAGCUGAGAAGUAUUACGGACAAGCAGCAAGCCUGAGACCCAACUAUCCCGCAGCCUUGAUGAACUUGGGAGCCAUCCUACACCUCAAUGGGAAACUUCAAGAAGCUGAAGCUAAUUACCUCCGAGCGCUGCGCCUCAAACCAGACGACACCAUCACCCAGUCCAAUUUACGUAAGCUGUGGAACAUCAUGGAGAAACAAGGCCUGAAGACCACGAGGCCUUAAGCUCCUGUCUCCUGCCUCCUCGCCGCGUGGAUGACGGCCAUGCUCAUCUUGUUGACAUGGGAGAGACUCAGGGAGGACAUUUGCAAACACAGAGAGGUCCUGAUGGCGCCUCAGCACCCUCGUCAGGGGCCCUGCGCACACUCUAACCUUUGACGGCAAUGUCGUCGUAAGUUUGGCGUGUUUGUAGCUCCUUUUUUUGACACGAGAGCACUUGAAAUGAAGGUGAGGAUGUCGUUCCGUACUGAAAUAUUGGCAAUGAAUUUGAAGAAGGGAAAUGAAGGUAUUCUCCAUCACCUUUUUAAUAAAUGCAGUGAUUUUUCAAUAAUGAAUACUAGAUAAGAUUUCAAGAUUCAAUUUGAAACCAAGUAUGAUAUUAUGAAGACAUAUUGUAGCUGGGACGUUUGAGACUUGAAAAGGGAAUUAAUUUAUUCGCUCUUGCCCGCACAACAAAAGCCUCACAUUUAAAGAAUUUCAAGGAGAUUUGUUGCCAAUAACAGUUUAUAGCAUGAAGAUGUUAAAAGAGAGAAAGAACUGGGACCUGUGAUAUUUAUUAUGCCUUCUGAUAAAAGCAUUGAGACUUUGUGUCUUUUCUGCACUACUGCAGGAAUGAAGUCUUUGUGUUAAACGUAGGAAGCUCUAAAUGGAAAAAUAAUUACCUUCCUGUGGAAGUUUUAAACAAUUUGAGGACUGGUAUGGGAGUCUGGGUGUCACCCCUUCCCAUACAUGUCAGAAGCUUUUAUUUAAUAUGUCAAUGAGUGACGGAGUUAUUCCAGCCAAAUACAAAAGCUUAUAGCCAUGCUGACCUUUUUUUUUGUUGUUUUACAUUCAAGGUGCAAAGACUGAAGACAUGUUUUCAUCCCUGUCUUUGUGUUGCACUAAACUAAUUUGAUGUGGUUGUAUAAAAUGAAUCCUAAUAUAUACUCAAAUUGUGUAUUUUAAACAGAAAAGCUUACCGAAAGGAAAACAAAAGUGUCUGGCAAAGAUUGAGAGAUUUGUUAGUUUCGCCUCUGUGUUUUUUUUGUCAUCUUGUCACACUUUUGGUGUUGGCGUCAAUGUGUCCAUGUUGUACAUUUUGUGUGAUUAACAUCUGUCUUUUGUUGUCAGCAUAAAUAAAUGGAAAACGCGGCUUCUUAAGAUGAUGAAAUUGUACAGAAUCGGUGAUGUUUUCGAGUUGUGAUGGAAAGUUUCUCUGUUACAAACUUCUUGAGACUAAUAUCAUACAUUUGUACUGCAUCAUAUCUAGUGGAUUAAUGAAUUUGGUUUUCCCAUUUCUGAACAGAACUUAAGGAAACUGCACAAUUUAAAACAAAAAGACUUAUUCAAAGCACCAGUUGGAACCAGACAUGCUAAUAGAAAAG